UGGCUCAUCCUGCAGAGCUGCAGCUCUUCAGCCUGAAGCUCAGUGAGGCCAGAGCAGAGCGGAGAGGCAGCGGAGCCAUGGCGAGCCCCGGACAGAAAGUGGUGCUGAUCACCGGCUGCUCCUCUGGAAUCGGCCUGAGGAUGGCUGUGAUGCUGGCAAAGGACGAACAGAAGCGUUAUCACGUCGUCGCCACGAUGCGUGAUCUGAAACGUAAAGAUAAGCUGCUGGAAGCUGCCGGGGAUGCGUACGGGAAAACUCUCUCUCUGGCUGUUCUGGACGUCUGCAGCGACGAGUCGGUCAAACAGUGUAUUAAUGGGAUCAAAGACCGACACGUGGAUGUCCUGAUCAAUAAUGCAGGUAUCGGCCUGGUGGGUCCCAUUGAGAGCAUCCCCAUCGAAGAGAUGAAGAAAGUGUUUGAGACCAAUGUCUUCGGAGUGAUCCGCAUGAUAAAGGAGGUGAUGCCCGACAUGAAGAAAAGAAGAGGGGGACACAUCAUCGUGGUCAGCAGCGUGAUGGGGCUGCAAGGUGUGGUGUUUAAUGACGUGUACGCAGCUUCCAAGUUCGCCAUGGAGGGAUUCUGUGAGAGCUUGGCCGUGCAGCUCCUGAAGUUUAAAGUCACACUGUCCUUGAUUGAGCCGGGUCCCGUACACACAGAGUUUGAGGCGAAGAUGAUUCAGGAGGUGAAACAGAGUGAGUGUCCUGGAGCUGAUGCUGACACGGUGCAUUACUUCAAGGACGUCUACCUUCCUUCGUCCAUCGACAUCUUUGAGUUACUGGGACAAACGCCCGAUGACGUCGCCAGAUGCACCAAGAAAGUGAUCGAGGCGAGUAGCCCCCGUUUCCGUAACCUGACCAACCCGAUGUACACCCCCAUCGUAGCGCUGAAAUACGCUGAUGAAACCGGAGGGCUGUCUGUCCAUGCCUUCUACCACAUGCUCUUCAACAUGGGCACUCUCAUGCACGUCAGCAUGACGGCAAUGAAGUACCUCACCUGCGGAUGUCUGAGGAGCAGAACCAUCUCACCAAACUAGAAGCUUGAUAUCUGUGUACAGCUGUGAAUAUAACUGCAUAUAAAGAUGGACGACAUGACAGCUCAGCAAAAAGUGAGGUCAAAUAAUCUUCAUCAGCCCCCAGUGGCUAGCUGCAGCCUAGGUCAUAAACCCUGCUUCUUCCAUGACAGUGGAUGGGACAUGGGCCAAACUAAAAAGUAUAAGUAAAGUACUUUGACUUAUUUGUAUAACAAGAGGAAGUGGAGACGCACCAUCAAAAUUUAGUUACAGUCUAUGAUACAAACACAAUGAGUUUGUAGACCAGAAUGAAAACAGCAUUCUACCUCGUCCUUGAUUGUCAGGGGAUCAAGAAAAAUGUGUGUAGCUCUUACUGAGUACCUGUCCAAAGUCAUGUAGCAGAAGUCAAAUAGUCACAAAGAAAGAAUGACACACUUUGUGCAAUAUGUAUUGUAAUGGAUAGUCCUAUCUAUGUUCUUGUGUAUGUGUAAAACUUAAGCGAUAUCAAACCUAAGUCCAAUUAGUUAAAAUAGCAUAACAGUGUUAAAACGUAUUCUAGCCUACCCAGAGUGCCAAAAUAAAUAUUUGCACUUAUGAUAUAAUAUACUGUUCCCUGAUUUCAUUAUUUUAUUCAAAUCAUUCUCAGAUAAAUUCACAUUUCAAACUGUUCUAAACUCAGCUUCAAUUUGUGUUAUUGUACCCUAUGUAACUGCAUCUAUUGAGAUACUUUUGAAAUACUGUCAGUGAAUUGGAACACACUUUAUUUGGCAUUAAAAUGUGUAAUUUAUACCAUCCAGGAGUUGUGUUAGAGCUUCUGAGAGCUUUCAGCAAAUGUCUUGUCUUUCUGUUUCUUUCUCUCCACUCUUACUUUACAUUGUUUCCACAUUAUAGUCUGAUUAAUAUUGGAUUUUUCUAGGGCUGAUCAGAAUCUAUUGCACUUCUGCACUUCUUGUAUUUCAUGUUCGGUAUAAAUACAAAUAAUGAAUGAAUGAACGAUGAACACAAAAUGUAUUUUAUUAUUAUUUGAGUUGUUGAAAGAUUUUGUCUAAAAAGGUUUUUGCUUUAUAAAUUAUUAUAUAACUGUCACUGUUUAAUCUUCUGUAUUGUGACUAGCUAAAGUUAGCUUGUUUUGGUUUGUGCUACAGGUGUAAGCAUAAAAC